AUGGGAGUACAAGAUGCAUGAAGAAGAAGAGAAGAAGGAAAGAAGUGUCCUAGUUGUGGAAUUUACAAAGAAGCAUCAUCAUCAACAUCAUCAUCAUCUCUUUUUUCUUUUGAACCUUUGUAAGUGUCAAAGGCUCAACCUUUAUUGCAUUAUACAUCUAGAUCCAAAAUUUUGUAUUAUUUCUUCAUGA